GAUUUGCUGUCCAAAGCUUUUCUGUCAACAGAACAUAUUGGUUUUAAAUUAUUAUUUUAUAUUUCUUUGGGGAUGGUUAGGUUUAUAUUUCUUUAGCCUUAAAACUUACAAUUUAAAAAGAAGAUUUUUCUUAGCGGUGUUCUCUCUAUAAAUCAAUUAAGUGUACAAAAUACCACUUGUAAAUUCUCACCAUGAAUGGUGACAAUAUCGAAAUAAAAAUUGCCGAUGUCUUCAAUGUUAUCAGGCCUGAACUAGAGAGUGAUUUACCCCUUCAAUUACUCCUUGAGAAACUUGAAAAUGCUGGGAUUUUGGAUCAACGAGACCCUAGACUUGAAAAUCUGAGAAGUGUUAUUAAAGAAAUUGCAGGAAAGUCAAAAUGCUUUUACGAGAUACAAAUCAGUCUUCAAGGAUUUACAAAAAUAGUAAACGUCAAUCGGGAACUUUUGCUACCAGCGUUUUUGGACAAUUUAGUGAUACCGAAAUUUCUUGAUUUUGUGUGCAAACUUCAAAAUCUUUACGAAAACGAAUUGAACAAUGAUUCUGGAGAGGUUUCUCUCAGUCCUUCUGCUUGCAUUGACAACCCUGUGGAUACAUGGGGAGUGGCAGUUACAAGUGUAGACGGGCAAAGAUGUUUUAUCGGUGAUUCUGAGAAACCUUUUCUUCUUCAUUCAUUAUGCAAACCAUUGAUUUAUGGUAUGGCAAUUGAUGAAUUAGGGGUUCUCGAGGUGGAGAAAUACAUAGGACAUGAACCGAUUCAUACACAAAAAGAUAUUUUAUGUUUGGACUCCCAAGAUAGACCUCGAAGCCCACUUCUCGACAGUGGUUUCUUAGUGCUGUGCUUCUUGCUUUUUCGAAAUAAAGACUACGCAAAUACAGUCGAAGUUCACAGAAAAGUUUUCCGUUAUUUUAAUGCAUUAGCCGGAAAUGAAUAUUGCCAACAUAGAACACAAGUUUAUAUGGCUGCAAAGCAAUCCGGUUUCCAUCCAUUUGCUCAGGCCAAUUUGCUUGUAGCUAUGGACAAACUUGCAAUGGACCCUAACUUUAAUGAAGCUUGUGAUUUUUAUUAUGAAGCUCACUCGUUAGAAACAAACUGUGAAAGUUUAAGUUUAAUAGCAGCAACACUCGCCAACGGUGGAAUAAAUCCUUUGACAUUAAAACAAGUGUUAUCUCCAAAUGCUGUAAAAUAUGUCCUCUCAUCGAUGUAUACAGCUGGACUGUAUACAUUUUCAGGGAAAAGUUCAUUUCUGAUGGGCAAUCCAGGGAAAUCGGCAAGCUCUGGAGCAAUUAUGUUUGUCAUCCCUGGAGUUCUUGGUAUCGCCUUAUACUCACCAAAAUUAAACAAGGAAGGGAUUUCUGUUAGAGGGUUAAGUUUUAUGAAAGAAUUUAUCCGCACACAGAAAUUCCACAUGUAUGCCAACUUGACUUCAAGAGUUAAAAAGAAGUUUCCAGGAAGGAAAAACACGCUAGAUGAAUGUAACACUUAUUGUGAGAUGUUUUCAGCGCUGGCAUCACAUGAUAUUCCAAAAGUCGUAAAGCUGGCGGCGACUGACAUGGUUCACUCUAAAGAUAACGAGAAGAGGACAGUCCUCCAUGUCGCUGCUGCAAUGGGUUACUAUGAACUUGUAAAACACAUUGCUUCAAAAUACACUUAUUUAGUCAAUGAAAAAGACAGGUGGGGUAGAACACCACUCGACUAUGCUAAAAUAUCAGGAUCCCAUGUAGUUGUUGACAUAUUGCAAGAAUGGGAAAAAAUUAUGCAACCUCAAAAAUAAAUUACUCAGAAAAUAGGCCUGUAUUGAACAACACCCAUUCAA